GUCCAGUCUUGAAUAAACAAUCUUUGUUUAUUCCAAUCUUUUAUGAUCCUUCAGUUCUGAAAAAGUGACAACAUGGCGACUGCAGAGAGCGUGUCAGCAAGUUUAGACACCAUCAGGAACUGCACGAUAGAGAUCAACAACAUGAGCGACAUCUACAACCUUGUCAACCCAAAGAUCUACACGUACAGUGGUUACUGCUGCCAUCCUCCUCAGCCCACAAUCAGCACCAAAAACACCGGGGGCUGCGCAUUCACGAAGACUGCAUUCACUGCCUGCGGUGCCGUAGGCAUCUUGACCUAUGACCUCUUCCACAUGGAGAACCAGACGUGCACUGAACGCAUUGCUAUUCUUUUCUCCGUUCCCUAUGACUACAACAUCUAUGAGAACUUCUUCGGAAUUGGGGUGUUCACCACAGAUCGUGAGUGCAAUGAAGCCCUGUACAACGAAAUGUAUUACGAAAGCAGCCCCAGUUUUACCCGUGGGAAGGCAAAGGAGUCUAGAAUCACUUACAAGGCACAGAGAGUUGAAUUAAGAGCAACUAUGUCAAAUGCAGGCAAAGCUAUUAUUAAACUUGAGAUCCAUGACAAGCUGUGCUAA